AUGUCCUUCCUCCGGAAAUAUUUAUUCGCAGCUGUCGGCGUUUGUAUUGUAUGUACUCUAAUAAUAUCCUAUAGUUGCACAUGUAAUGAUGGCAACAGAUCCGAAAUGUACAUACCACAUCAAGAUUCACAUGAGUCAACUGCGGCAGCACUUACUACGCUUCCGGACACAUAUCUACUCGUAAUGAUUAUGUCCUCUCCAAACGAUAGCGCUGUGCGCACCGUGAUUCGUGACACAUGGUUACGAUUAUCGCGGAAAGGUCCCUCCAUCGUUGAACAUCGUUUUCCUAUUGGAAUCAAAGGAAUCAGUGAAACGGUACGACUUUUGAUAGAGGAAGAGCAACGUACUCAUAGAGAUCUCGUAUUAUUAGAAAAUUUGGAGGAAUCCUAUGGAAAACUGGCACUUAAAACCCUACGAUCAAUGGAAUAUGCAUACCAAAACUUCCGAUUCCAAUACGUCCUAAAGGUGGACUCGGACUCCUUUGUUCGUCUGGGCGCAGUGAUCAAAGCGUUGAAAGACAUCCAGCAUCCUCGUCUUUAUUGGGGAUUUCUUGAUGGAAGAGCGAAGCCUAUUCGUAAGGGAAAAUGGCGUGAGUCAGACUGGAUCCUCUGCGAUCGCUACUUGCCAUAUCAGCUUGGAGGCGGUUACGUGCUCUCAUAUGAACUGGUGCGUUAUCUUGCAUUGAAUUCACGCCUCUUCAAAAUGUACAAAAACGAGGAUGUUUCUGUAGGCGCUUGGCUUGCUGGGCUUGAUAUCAAGUACGUGCACGAUCCACGUUUUGAUACUGAGUGGAAAUCACGUGGCUGUAAUAAUGAAUAUAUCAUUACUCACAAGAAAUCACCUGCUGAGAUGAAGAAGCUGUAUGACAACGUGCUGAAUCUUCGAGUCCUGUGUGAAAAAGAGUUUCGUGUUCGGUAUUCAUACGUAUACGACUGGACAGCAUUGCCAAGCGAGUGCUGUCAACGCAGGAAUGGAACAAAUAUACCGUAG